AUGGCAGAAGCAAAAAAAGGCUCAAAAGUUGCAGCAAGAACAAAUAUUGAUAUUAACAAGCCAGCUCGUUAUCCAGCUCCUGUUACACAAAAAUCAAGACUUAUUGAUACUUACGAUUUUACAAAACUUACUGCAGAUAAAGCUGCAAGGCGAGUAUUAGCUCCUUAUGUCCGCACAGUACGUCGUCCUGGAAGCAUUGUUGCUGCCUAUGUUGCACAAACAAAGGAAGACACAUUGGUGAAUGAUAUACAUACAGAUUCUAGGUUUCCUGAAGGAGUGGGAUGGUUAGGACCAGCUGUGAAAUCCGUAUUAUGCAUCCCAGUUUUGAGUCCUGAUGAUGAAUGUUUGGCGGGUGAUGUUCAGAUAAUAAAAACUGUUACGGGUUGGAUGGGAGCUGCUAUUCACCAAAAUCAGCAGCGAAUUAUUCUGCAGAAGCAGCAAGAAUUAAAUGAUUAUCUCUUGGAACUUACAAAGUUGUAUUUCUGUGAUGUUGUAGUUACAGAUAAAAUAAUAUCAGAUAUUGUUACAUUUGCAAAAGCUACUUUACAAGCAGAGCGUGGUUGCUUUUUUAUAAUUGAUCAAGAAUGUGAUGAGCUAGUUGCAGAUUGGUAUGAUGAAGCUAUAGAAGAUAAUGUUCCAAUUCAUAAAAAAAAGUUUAAGAUAAUGUUCAGUAAAGACAGAGGAAUAGCAGGCUUAGUCGCAAGGAAAGGAGAACCAGUGAAUAUAAAGGACGCCUAUUCAGAUUCUCGAUUUCAUAAAGAAGUCGACACUAGAGUUGUUCAGUUGGUAAACAAGAAGACCGGCCCUUGCUUUACUUCAGAAGAUGAGAAAAUUUUUAAAAUAUUCUUGGUGUAUUGUGCUUUAGCUAUACAGUACGCUAACUUGCAGACAAAAAUUAAACAAAUAGAAUAUCAAAAUGAAAUUAAAACUGACAUGCUGACUUUUCACAUGAGACCACAUCCUAUUGAAAGAGAGAGAGUGCAGAUCUAUCCUGCUGAUAAUUUGCCUCCAGAUUUUAACACCUUUGGAUGGUAUGUUUUUGGUCAUGAAGAUAGACUCUGUGACUUAACCCUUCACAUUUAUAGUGAAUUAAUUGAUGAAUUACAGUCAGAAUUACAGAAUUGGAAAGAUUUUGUGCUAAUUGUCAAAAAAUCAUAUCGGAAUAACCCAUACCACAAUUUUGAACAUGCAUUUAAUGUAUUGCAUUGCAUGUAUAACCUGCUAAAGCGAAAUUUGGAUAUCUUCACACCUCUGGAGAUCAGAGGACUUACUAUUGCAGCUCUUUGCCAUGAUCUAGAUCAUCCUGGAUACACCAACAACUUUCUCCAAUUAACAAACCAUGCAUUAUCAUUAUUAUAUACUGAAUCAACACUGGAAAACCAUCAUUUUCAGGUUGCCAUGCUUAUAAUAAAUACCUGUGACAUCUUCUCUAACUUGAGUAAACAGACAUUCAAAGAACUUACUCAGGAAAUACAUGAUGCAAUAAUUGCUACUGAUUUGGCAUAUUAUUUUCGAGUAAGAGGGCGCAUUGUGAAAAUAAUGGGUGAAAAACAGUUUGACUGGACGGAAGGUUCCCACAGAUGCCUAUUGAAGAGUAUCAUGAUGACUACAUGUGACUUAUCUGGACAAUGUAAACCAUUUUGUAUUGCAAAAGUCAUUGUUGGUCGGCUUUAUCGUGAAUUUUAUCAUCAGGGGGAUACUGAAAGAAACAUGGGCCUGAGCCCUUUAUCCUUGAUGGAUCGAGAAAAGCAACAAAUGAUACCAGAAGAUCAGGUCCAAUUUAUCACAUUUGUGUGUUUACCAUGCAUUCAGUUGAUGGUGGAGUUGCUUCCUAAUACAAUAUCGAUUAGAAAUUUAUGCGAGGAAUUGAGAGCGAGUUGGAAGGAGAUAAUUGAACUACGAGGCAAGGACGUCUGGCGUCAGGAAGACUCGCAUCCAUAAGUAGUUUCUACUUUUAAAAAAAUUAACACUUGCAAGUAAAUUUAAAUAUUCCAAAUAAUUUAUUUUUUUCAAUAUAUUUAUAGUCUUGUUUUACACGAUUUUCAAUGAUGUCAUUUUAACUUAAAUGCAUUAACAAAUACCUAUAAUAACAAAUUUUCAGAAAAGCAAAUGAAAUUGUUUUUGUUGCAAAGAAAUGAAAUCAAAAUGCUCAUAAUAUAAUAACACUAGAAGAAUGUAGGUUAGAAUAAUGAAAUAAAUUACAGUGGAAAAUUACAAAAACAAACAUCCAGUUGAUGAUUCUAUUUAAUGUUUGUAUAUUAUGUAACAUUUCCAAGUAAACUACUUUCACAAAUCAAACGGUGCUUCCUUUAGAGUAGAAAAUCGAGCUCCAUGGAGAUGCGUGUGUAACAUUUUUGACUAUAUUUAUGAGCAAUAAGAGAAAGCAAAAGUACUGAAAAAUGAGCAAUGCUCAAGUUUCGUGUAAUUAUGACAAACCAAUCCAAGAACAUUGAUAAGGUAAUUUCUUGAUCCCAAUAGUAGUAAAUUAAGCCAAUUGUGCCAAUAAAAAUUAGAAAAUCAAAACAAACUUUGUAUUUUGAAAACUUCUUUGAUUCAUCUAGUUUUUUUUUCUUUGUUCAAAAUUCCCCUAACAAUAUCUCUUGCAAUUGUCACAACUAUCAUUUCUCACUAUUCCUGGCACUUUUAUAAAUUUUCUUUCAACUUAUGUCCAAAUUUUCAUAUUUUGAUAUUCACCAGAAAAAGUCACAAUUACAGGUUGUGGAUAAUUAAUAGAUAAAGACGAAGACUUAUGCAUAAUAAAUAACAUAUGUAUUUGCUGGUAGAAUCAGCCAAAUUCAAUCAUUCCUUUACAUUCAUAAACACUGCACUCCCAUUUGAAAUAAAAAAAGGACACAAAAAAUAACGCAUUUAUAAACAAAUUCUUAUUGUCCUUUCCAAAAUAGUACAUACACUAACAAUAAACAAUACAUAUUAAAUUUCAUAUAAUUCUGUCAUUUCUUCUUGAAAAAUUAAACUGUACAAUAAAGGUCAGUAUUAAAGUAACAACUACAAUAACAAUAUUGACCACUAAUGUAAUGGAGUGUACUGAAAUAACUUCACUAAUAAUACAUAUAAUAAUGAAUGCUCUUGAGAGGUACACAUAUAUAUGAAUACAUACAAUCAAAUAAUGCAAUUUUAAACAAUUCUAAUUCAUAAACAUGUCACCAUGUUUCAAAAGAACCUCAAAAGAUCUUUAUGUGUAUAAAUAAAUGUCCAACAUGUUGACACUUUUUACAGGCAAGUCCCGCAGAUCUUGCACAAAACUGAGCAUUACGCAUUUCUUAUUUUGCCAGGGACAUAAUUUUUGUCAAUGACGGGUUCUUGCAAAAACAUGUGUAAACACCUCUCAUUCUGAGCAAGAGGAUGACCAGCAAUUUUAUUAACAAAUACUUCUAAUCCUUUCCGUCUAUCCUCUAUAAAAUCUUCCUCAAAUAUUCCAUCAUCUCCUCUGAAAGGCAUCUGACGUUUCCAGGCUUUUCCAGGUAAGGGUGGAACAACAAUCUACAGUCUCUUUCCAAUUCAUUUCUCAACCACUCAAAAUCACUGUACCUUCUACGCACACUGGACUCCUUAACUUUAAAAACUGGCAAAUUUGUCUAAACAGAUAAUUACACAAUAAAAAUUACAUUUGGACCACCAGGCUUCCUUUAAUUCAUGAAUUAACAGUGGUGAUCACUAAUUAUGAGUAACUUUCCUCCUUAACGAGCUAUUACUAAAAUGUCAAAUAUUGCUCAAUCUUGUCGGCGGAAUACAAUCAAUGACAAGAAUUGGAUUUAGAACUUACCCUCAUACGAACUUCAUAAUCAGUAUACCUCUUCUUUCCAACGCCAUGAGUAAUCGGAUUUAUAACGUCAAUCUCCAGGAAAUUGGCUGGGGCAGCAUACGCAUCAUCAAGCGUUUGCUUUUUCACAUUCAAUCGACGAGUUGCAUCUACAGUCGUAUCCGCCAUCCUGCAGACCGCACCACACUUCCCCCAAAACUCCUACAACUCGCAGGAAUUUGUCGACGCUGUAUUGGUUUGCCUCUGAUAUGGAUAGGGUUACUAAGUUAUCGUCUUUAUCUCUUCCCCAGCGCUGCGCUAUUCAGACGACCAUGGGACGGGUUAUGCCAAAUCAACGCAAGAUGUCAGUAGCCAACAGUGUAUGGCUAGGGUAGCCAACACCACAAUCGACUCCCAAUUUUAAUCAGAAAGCGUCGGAAAUUCCGACUCGGAAUCCUACUCGGGCCUGAAUGAUGCUCACAUAAGAGUUAUUACACUGUAUUAUCCUGUUGACUUUAAUAUCUUGAAUCAAUAACAAUAAUUCAGUUCAAAAGCAUUUACACAUCAGCAUAAUCAGAUGACAUAUUUAUCCGGUUGAAACUUCUUUUAUUCUUUCAUGACCAAAGAGUAUAUCUAAAAUUGUUCAUGCAAAAAUAUGACUCUGACUGAACGCGAAAGAUGUAAUAUUAUUCUAUGGUGAUUAUUGUACCAUACGUGGUGCAGGUCACUGGGAAGUGCGAUAGCAAGCAAUAGACCGUGACAGCAGUUGCAGGGGUAUACAAUCGAGGUGGCAGACUACCGAGUUCUUGAUUUGUUUACAUUGGUUUACAUGUUUCCUGCAAAAAAUGAAGGCUUCCCUUGCAAAUUUUAUAUCUCGUUCGUAAUUAUGUGAUUAAGGUUGAUAAUUAGCACGACCUCAAAUACUUAAAAUGUGAUUGUUUGAAAUAUUGUUUCGAUAAAAAAUACAAAUGUGAAUGGAUGCACUAAAUUGUGCCGGUUUUGACUCAAGCAAGCAGUCACAUGCCGCACUUCAAUUAGUAAAUGUCAUCCUAUUCUAUUCCUAGUCUUGUCCGCAAUUUUCGCAUGCAUGUAUGUGUUUGCGUAUGAAGCCGGCGGGAAAGGCAUUUACCUUCAACUGUUGUCGAUGCCAGACCUGCACAAAAUGCAAGGUGUUUUCUUACAUAAAACUUGAGAAGUAAAUAAUUUUGGAUAAAACAUUCAAACUUUACGUACUAUUAAGCUGAAUGAUGCAACUUUUAUACCAAUUAGCACAAAGUGCUGAAAGUAAAAGUUGAAUUAUUUAUGUUUUUUUAAUGCACUAUGGAUCCUUUAAAUAUUUUGAUAAUCAUUGGUCUUCUGCAUUGUGCACUUUUUUUUCUGGACACAUUUUUUAAGAGUUGUUCACAUUAUCCAUAUUUAUAUUUUCUUCAAAAUACUGGACUUCAGAUUGAAGCCUUUAAAAUUCGUUGGUUUACGACAGCAUUUAAUCGCAUUAUUCAGAAGUGGGGAACAUGGCAUCCAAAGCUUCUUCAGUGUUGGUUUACUGUGGGAUCAUGGUUUUCACUUGGUCUUCUUCCUCUUGCCACGUAUGUCAUAAUCAAAGCGUCAAUUGACUUGUGGCAGACUGAUGGUGAUGGAGUUGUGAGUCAACAAACUCUUGUUCUUGAACCAAUGGUGCCAGGAUUAAAUUUGCCACUCAGUGACUUGGGGUACUAUGCAAUUACUCUAGUAACAUGCAGUAUUGUUCAUGAAGUAGGCCAUGCUAUUGCUGCUGUUAGGGAAGAUGUCCAUAUAUCUGGCUUAGGAGUUCUUCUUGUUCUGGUACUACCCAUUGCAUAUGUCCAUUUAAAUACUGAACAGCUCCAAGCUUUGCCUCCGAAGAGACAAUUGCGAAUAUUGUGUGCUGGUAUUUGGCACAAUGUGGUACUCACUGUAGGCGCUGCUGUACUUCUUGCACUUUUGCCCUUGCUGUUCUAUCCAGCCUUUGAUUCUGGAAGUGGUGUAGCAGUUCAGAGCAUAGACAUGGGUUCUCCUGUUUUGGGUGUUACUGGAUUGCGAUCAGGUGAUCGUGUCGUUGCUGUUAAUCAGUGUGAAGUCCUUGAUAGUGACUCUUGGUAUACCUGUAUUGUGCAAGCUGUCAAGCAACCAAGUCCUGGUUAUUGUAUUUCAGCAGAAUUGGUGAAAGAACAUGAUGAAUCUAUUCCAGUGCGACAGCUUGCUGCUGGUGCAGUUGAGUGCUGUGGUCCAAGAUCAUCUGAUCAUCUGUGUUUUGAGUAUUUAGAAGGUGAAGAAGGAACAUUGGAGUUGCCUCAACAUUCCUGCUUGCCUGGUCGUAUUGUUGUAGAAGCAGCAGAAUUGAUGUGUGGAGCAGCUCGUGAUUGUACACAAGGCUUACAUUGUAUGGUGCCCUCUCUCGAAAACAAUACCAAAUUAGUCCGAAUAGAACGAUUGGAUGCUAAGGUUGUUCUAUUCCUUGGGCAUCCAGCAGAAGUGUAUCGUACUGUUGUAGUCAGUGAUUAUGUACCUCUAUAUUUCUUCAUUUCAUCAAGUAUUCCUGAAGUGGUUACAAGAUUAUGUAAGUAUAUAACUAUCUUCUCUGCUGGGUUAGCAGUGAUAAAUGUGAUUCCAUGCUUUGGACUUGAUGGACAAUACAUUGUGAGAGCUCUUGCUGAUUUUUUGUUAGGUAAGAGAAUUCCACACAAAAGUGUGCGGCAUGCCAUUGCACUUUUCAUGACUAUAGCUGGUACAUUUUUCUUGUUCUUAAAUUGUGCAUCAGUCAUUGUAACUAAGUUGUUUUAACUCUCCAAUUUGUGAUUAAUAAGCUCCUCUUUGUAGUACGUGCUACAAAACAUAUUUUUGUUAAAAAGUUUAAAUAACUUGUGUGGUUCUGAUGUCUUUGAUACAUAGAAUAUUUUACUGCAGGACCUCACAUGAAGUUGGCUUUUGAAUUUGUACAUAUUUGCAUAAAAUAAUCUAUCCAUGCCAAAUUCAAGUUUCUAGUUAAAGAUCAAUUUCCCAUGCAAAUAUAAUUUCUUUCUUGUAUUGUGUACUCGUAAGAGCUUGUAAAACUGGACAUUUCUAUACUGUUUGCUACAUGUGUACAUAUGUAUUAUUUUAAAGACUUACUUUGUUAUUGUUAUAUUUUCUGUGCCAGAUUUUGCCAUUUUUAUACUCUCCUGUGAAUUUUUGAGCUGUUACUCUGAAAUUUGUGUACAGAAAUGUUAAAGAGAGAACAUAGAUUUAUUCUUACCUGGUCACUUUCAUGCAAGACUGUCUAAAAAAAAUGAAAAUAAUGAAUUUUCUUCAGAUACCACCGCUGCACAAAUUAUAUUAGUUUCUUAACAUGAAACAUUUAUGCGUAAUAAUUUCUUCAUAAAUUUAGAUGUGUUUAAAUAAUAGUUCAUUAUAAAUAUAAAUGAAUGAAGAAAUACUGUUGUAUUUUGAUCUCUCAUACAGUUUUAAAGGGACGUUCAAAUGUUAAUUUUAUAUUAAACGUGAGUUCUGUUGGAUGUGAAACAGGGUAGUUUUCUUGGAUUGAGUAAUUAAAAACUUGCUAAAGAAAUCUUGACUACUCAUUAUUUUCCAUUUUAAAAAGUCAGUUUUCAAAUCAGCCUUUUAGAAAGCUUUCACAAACUGAAACUGUACUAAAUAUAUUGUUCCUACAUUGAGGACUAUGUAACCAAGAUCAAUUUUACUGAACACCUUCCACUUUUCUUUGGACAAAGUGAGUUUGAGUUGAUAUUCUAGAAUCAAGUGACCAGGCUGAAUUCGUUUUGUUUGUUUACUCAGAAAUAGGUAGUUUAUGAUAAUAAAAGUACACUUCUAAUAAUAGAAUAGUAAACCAUUUGACUGUUACUAUUGUAAAAAAUCAGUGAAACUUUGAUAUUUUGCUCAAAAUACUAAUGCGCUCGUUCUAAUGUUUAAAAAUUUUGUAUGUAAACUGUCACAGUUAAUUUUUGUGACACAGUGUUUUCUGAUACUCUAGUUCAGUACCAGUUAAAUACAUGUACAUAUAGAUAACAAUGGAACUCCUACAUUUGUUAUGCGGGUAUGAGUGAAAUUAUUUUCACUCCCUCUGUUACUUACAUGACAUAAAAAUGUUCUUUUAAGACCUAAUACUUUUAGGAAUGUUUUUGCCAUAAGCUAACAAACAUGAAAAUCUCUAUGGAAACUUCCGUGAAGUUAUAGUAAUAGUCAAUUCUUUUCAAUUUUCCAGUUGUCAUGGCUGAAACUUAUGAUGGCUAAAAGUAAUAAUUUAUAAACCCUUAUACGUCUUUUUUAGAUGGUAAUAACUAACACUCUUCUGUAAUCAAAAUGAUCAAAGAGUGUUGGAUAACUUUCUUUUAUUCUGAGGUAGCAGAGCAGGCAGGAUUCAAUAGUAUAAAGUGCUGGUAGAAACAUUUUGUUAUGUCAUGAUUGUUUUUUAUAAAAUGAGGAUUGCAUUUUUCUGGAAUAAUUUUUUUUGGUUGAGUUGUUUUGAUUUGUGAUGUUGACUCAUGGAAUUUUCGGAUUAUGUAAAUAUGGUGAAUUAGAUGAUAGAUCUAACGGUAAUUGAAAAUGUUAGUAUCAUGACAAAAUUUUCUUCAUUGUGAUGUAAUUGGUUUAUAGUAUUGUCUCCUUAACCGAUGGACAAAUCACUGCCUCUUAUUUUUUUUAAAAUGCCCUUUGGGUUAAUAUUUUGUAAUGAUUAUAUAUGAUGCAACUGUUUUGUACAUCAUUAAUCUAUUUUAAUUAUUACAGUAUUGAAAUUAAGGUCAUGGGCUAGUCACUCAUUUCAUAGACUUUUGAAUACGUUGCUUUUCCAUAUGUGAUCUAAAUUACUUCAAAACUCAUCAUUUGUCUGUACAGUGCUAACUGUACUGUGAUUUAAGUGAAAAAUAUCUUUAAAAAUUACAUCAUUCCUUAUUUAUAAUGAAGUUUAGCGGGAAUAAAUUCACCUCAAGAGUUGCAUUUAUUUAUUUAUACUUGGAAGAAUAUUCUUAGAAGUCUUGUUAAAAAUAACUAUGCUGCACAGAAGUAACUAUGAUGGGAAAUGGGCAUAGCAACAUUUAUAGUUAAGUUGUUCAAAAUCUUAAUUAUAUUAUUUAGAAAAAGAUUCACAUAUUUAAGAUGUUACAAAAUUUUAUAGCAUGUGUGCAUGUGUAUGAAAAUAAAUUGUUAGUAGUGCUGUUGACUAUAUCUCUUUAUGGAGAAGAGAGAGUGCGUGAGGGCAGCGCAUUUCAAAGCUAAAAGACAAGAUUUUUGAUGGUAUAAAGGAUGUCCUUUAUACCAUAGUGAAUGUGAAAAUAAACAUCAAAGUGCAUUCUUCAUUAUCUGGAUUGGUGCAGUCAUCAGCAUGGAACAUAGCCUACUGUUUCUUAUAUAUUACUUUUGAUUUUGUGAUUUUAGAUUCUUGUAUGUACUUUCCUCUCAAAAUUCUACCGUGAAAUAAUGAAUGUCUUUGAAAACUGGGUACUGCAGCUUUUCAUACUCACUAUUACCCAAGAUCAUUAUUGUGUGUGUAAAGUGUCAACUUGCUAGACCGUCCUUCAGUGUUCCUGUCCAUUCUUGGUAGACUUGCUGUUAGCAUGUCAAAUGGUGUUGUAAUUGAGUCGGAGUUAAUAGCAGUUUCCUACAUUAUUUGAAAUUUAGGUUUUCAUGUAUUGUUUUGUAAUAGCAUGAUUGGAUAUGUUUGUUCACAAGAUCAUUUACUCAAUCAUUUACAUUUCAUUUUUAAGUGUGGAUAAUACUAGUCUAAUAUUAGCUACCUAUCUUAUACUUUAAAUGAUUAAGAUUGUUUAUUCAUGUGUGGUUGUGUGAAUACACUGCAUUAUAAGAUGAUAAAAUUGUUGAUGUACUUGCAGGAAGAGUUCAACAUUAUUGUUAACAAAAUUGAAUUUCUUAGUGAUUGCAAUCAAUUAAUUUCAUUCUUAUAGUAAACUAUAGGGUUAAGACAUCAAGUUCGAGAUUUGAAGGACAUUCCUGCAAGUAAUUCAGAUUUGAAAAUACUUUGUGUGCAAUCAAAGAGCCAUAUUAAGAAGCAAAAUCUGCUUUAAAUCAAUGUUAUGCAUUUCAUUUUAUUUAAAUUGGAAUAGGAAUUAGUGAAGCAGCAGAAUUUUCUGCUCAGCAAUAUCAUUGCUGCUUUUAUUAUUAACCUGAGAACUGACUUCUACCAUGUAAUUCAAAAUUAUAGAAUACAUUUUAAAAACAAUGCUACAAAUGAAAGGGUAAUUCCAUUUUGCUGCAUUUUGAAGUGGGUUAAUGAAACAUUCUCAAGAUGUAACAAUUAUGAACAUGAAAUCUAAUUAUAAUAAUUGUUUUGAGUCCCUGCAUAAAGUUGAGUAUGUGUAGCUGAUUUAUGUGAACACCUAGAUUUGAUACACAAAGUAUACCAUUUACAACCCUGAAAAUUUCAUUCUAUUGUAAACGCUUAUUUCUUAAAAAAUAUAAAUGAAAACAAAUAAAAUUUUAAUACCUAAACAGGAAAUGUUAGAUCUUUGAGUAAAAUAUCUCUCAUGUUCUAUGCAGUUGAUGUGGUUGAAAAGCCACACAUUUCAUUAGACUGACUGAACCGAUGGAAAUUAUGAUUUCAUGCAGCUUCUUGCAUCUGAAGAUAAAAUACACCCUAAUAAUGUAUAGUUGUUACAAAAUCAUGUCAAUGGUAUAAUAUUUAAAAAAUUGUCCUAAACAGGAAACCUUAUCAGAUAAAUAUUAAAAUUUUACUUAAAAAAGAGUAUUUUGCUUUCUUGAAUAGAGAAAGUUAUUUGUUCUUCUUUUUCAUCCAGAUCCUAAUAGUGAAGUGUGAAUAAAGGGAAAUUGUAUUGACAACAUAAAUAUGCAAUUCUGAGGUUAUUCAAAAAGUAAAAUAUUAUGAGGAUAAGUUAAAUUUCCAAGGUAGAGGAACACAAAAAUUUCCAAUACGGGAAAUUAAAUGUUAUUACCUGAGCUCAUAUGUUUAAGCAUUUUUUUGUGUGAAAUAACCAGUUACCAAAACAAAUAAUAAUA